ACAUACAGGUAGCUAUUUUGCGACGGAGGGGGAGGAGCCUUUCAAUGUGGUUUGUUUUGGAUCCGUAGUUGUGUUGGUACCUUUUGGAGCAAAUCUUCACGAAAUAGCGUGUCAAUGUUUGAAGUCGUGGGAAUUGUUCGUCAUAUGGGAACGCUCUAAUAUUAUUGAUAUCGUUGUUGUUUUCAUACCGCAGAAGAAAUGUCGACGCCAUUUGAGAAGCCGCAAAUUAUAGCCCACGUUCAGAAAAGUUUGAACUACACUGUUUUUGACAGCAAAUGGAUUCCUUGCAGUGCAAAGUUUGUAUGUCUUGGAAACUAUGCAAGGGGCACCGGAGUGAUGCAGAUAUACGAAGUGCAACACGGAGAAGUUAAUCUCGUAAAAGAGAUCGAGAAAGCAAAGCCUAUCAAAUGUGGAUCGUUCGGGGCCAGCUCUCUACAACAAAGACAUUUAGCCACAGGGGACUUUGACGGAAAUCUCAAUAUAUGGAACCUGGAGGUCCCUGAGGUUCCAGUCUACUCCGUGAAGGCUCACAAAGAGAUUGUGAACAGCGUGGAUGGUGUGGGGGGCCUUGGGAUCGGUGACGGGGCCCCUGAGAUUGUGACUGGGAGUCGAGAUGGCACUGUCAAGGUGUGGGAUCCCAGGCAGAAGGACUCGCCGGUGGCCAACAUGGAGCCAGUGGAGGGGGAGGCCAAGAGAGACUGCUGGACUGUUGCUUUUGGCCACGCCUUCAACGACCAGGAUCGCUGUGUGUGUGCAGGAUAUGACAACGGAGACAUUAAGCUAUUUGACCUGAGAAACAUGUCUCUCCGAUGGGAAACCAACAUUAAGAACGGGGUAUGCUGUGUGGAGUUUGAUAGGAAGGAUAUCAACAUGAACAAACUGGUGGCAACGUCGCUGGAGGGGAAAUUCCACGUCUUUGACAUGAGAACCCAGCACCCCACCAAGGGCUUUGCCUCUGUUUCCGAAAAGGCCAACAAAUCCACAAUCUGGCAGGUGAGACAUCUGCCCCAGAACAGAGACAUCUUCAUGACAGCGGGAGGAGCAGGAAAUCUACAUCUGUGGAAGUAUGAAUACCCAGCCCAGAGGAGUAAGAAGGAUAAGGACGAGGUGGACAUGGGCGUGGCCGGCUCGGUCAACCUGCUGCAGAACGUCACUCUGUCCACCCAGCCAAUCGGCAGCCUGGACUGGAGUCCCGACAAGCAGGGCCUGUGUGUCUGCUCCGCCUUCGACCAGGCUGUCCGCGUGCUCAUCGUGACCAAGCUCAACCGUGUGUGAAGCACAGACUGAAGGCGAUGACCUGGGAUCAGUUUAGCAUUUCCACCAAUAAGGUUGAAGAAGUGAGAGCCAGCGGAAGUAACACCAAACCCAAAUCAGCCCAAUGGUGGACAUUGAGAAACUCUUCCUUAUUUAUCUAGUAGAAGCACACUCUUUCAAGUGUCUUUCUCUAGCUCCAACCCCCCCCCCCCCUCCCCAGUCUCUCUCUUUCAAGUGUCUUUCUCUAGCCCCCCCCCCCCCUCCCCAGUCUCUCUCUUUCAAGUGUCUUUCUCUAGCCCCCCCCCACACCCUCAAGUCUCUUUUGUUUCUCACUCUAGUUGGCCCUCUCUCUGUCUUUUUCUCAGGUGUGUUUUUCUUCCUUUGUCCCUGUCUGUUUUCUUUCUCUACCUAGUUUCUCCCUGGUCUCAUUAAACAGCUUCUCUUGUGGUGUCAGGAGGAUCGACUUACGCACA